AUAUUUCACAAACUCAUCUUUUCAUCUUCAUCUUCCUUCAAAAUGGCUUUCAAUCGUGCUUCUUUCAUGUCUUUCCUUCUCAUCACUUUGGUGGCAGUUUCAUCUGCUAGUGAUUACUAUACUUACAGUCCUACUCCAGAAUACAAGACACCAUCUUAUUCUCCAGUCUACGCGUCUCCAACUUACAGCCCAUCACCAGUAUACACCCCAUCUCCAAUAUACACUUCACCAGAAUACACUCCAUCUCCGGUAUACAAGUCACCAGAGUAUACCCCAUCUCCAGUGUACAAGUCACCAAAAUACAGCCCAUCCCCCGUGUACAAGUCACCGGAAUACACUCCAUCUCCAAUAUACAAGUCACCAGAAUACACCCCAUCUCCAAUAUACAAAUCACCAAAAUACAGUCCAUCUCCCGUGUACAAGUCUCCAGAAUACACCCCAUCUCCAGUAUACAAGUCACCAGAAUACACCCCAUCUCCAGUAUACAAGUCACCAAAAUACAGUCCAUCUCCCGUGUACAAGUCACCUGAAUACACCCCAUCUCCAGUAUACAAGUCACCAGAAUACACCCCAUCUCCAAUAUAUAAGUCACCAAAAUACAGUCCAUCUCCCGUGUACAAGUCACCAGAAUACACCCCAUCUCCAAUAUACAAGUCACCAGAAUACACCCCAUCCCCAGUGUACAAGUCACCAGAGUACACCCCUUCUCCAGUAUACAAGUCACCAAAAUACAGCCCAUCUCCCGUGUACAAGUCACCAGAAUACACCCCAUCUCCAGUAUACAAAUCACCAGAAUACACCCCAUCUCCAGUAUACAAGUCACCAGAAUACACCCCAUCUCCAGUAUACAAGUCACCAGAAUACACCCCAUCUCCAGUAUACAAGUCACCAGAAUACACCCCAUCUCCAGUAUACAAGUCACCAGAAUACACCCCAUCUCCAGUAUACAAGUCACCUGAAUACACCCCAUCUCCAGUAUACAAGUCACCAGAAUACACUCCAUCUCCAGUAUACAAGUCACCAAAAUACAGUCCAUCUCCCGUGUACAAGUCACCUGAAUACACCCCAUCUCCAGUAUACAAGUCACCAGAAUACACUCCAUCUCCAAUAUAUAAGUCACCAAAAUACAGUCCAUCUCCCGUGUACAAGUCACCAGAAUACACCCCAUCUCCAAUAUACAAGUCACCAGAAUAUACUCCAUCCCCAGUGUACAAGUCACCAGAGUACACCCCAUCUCCAAUAUACAAGUCACCAGAAUACACUCCAUCCCCAGUGUACAAGUCACCAGAGUACACCCCUUCUCCAGUAUACAAGUCACCAAAAUACAGCCCAUCUCCCGUGUACAAGUCACCAGAAUACAACCCAUCUCCAGUGUAUAAAUCACCAGAAUACACCCCAUCUCCAGUGUACAAGUCACCCGAAUACACCUCAUCUCCAGUAUACAAAUCACCAGAAUACACCCCAUCUCCAGUAUACAAGUCACCAGAAUACACCCCAUCUCCAGUGUACAAGUCACCAGAAUACACCCCAUCUCCAGUAUACAAGUCACCAGAAUACACCCCAUCUUCAGUAUACAAGUCACCAGAAUACACCCCAUCUCCAGUAUACAAGUCAACAGAAUAUACUUCAUCUCCAGUGUACAACUCACCAGUUUACACACAAUCUCCAUCAUACGAGUCACCAGAAUACACCCCAUCACCAGUGUACAAGUCACCAGAGUACACCAAAUCUCCAGUUUACUCACCAUCUCCAGUGUACGAGUCUCCAGAAUACACUGCAUCACCAAUCUACUCCCCAACUUACACUACUCCUACAUAUUCUCCAAGUCCCUCAUACGGCUAUUAAGAGAAAUCCAAUACUAAAUGAUUGCUUGAUUUUGCAAUAUUUUAAAUUAUCUCGCAAUGAGUGUUUAAAUUGCGUGAAAUUCAUAUUAUUAUUAAUCGUUUUGUAUUAUUCAAAAUAUUAAAUAAUAAUUUAUAAAAUUAUUUUUAGUUA